AUUUCAGAUGUCCAAGAUUAUAGGACUAACUCAUCGCUCAAUUCUGAUACUCAAAGGUACAGACUCUCUAAGUUUGUUGCAAGGUCUGAUCACAAAUGACGUGAAGAAAUUACUGCCUUCGACGGGUAUCGCCGCUCUCUUUCUAAAUACCAAAGGACGAAUUGUUGAUGAUGUCAUAAUUUCACGGGACAAUGAGGAUGUCCUUGUUGAGUGCACAGCUUCAAAUAGAGGCGAUUUGAAGAAGUUGCUGGAAAAGUAUCGAUUGCGAAAAGCUGUAGAGAUUCUAGAAUCGAAGGAGAAUGUUCUGUUCUCUACCGAAGAAAUGCCGGGCUCAAUAUUGGACCCAAGAUAUCCUUCGCUAGGUAGGCGCGUGUAUAGUGAAGAUACGGGGCAAGAAUCCCUAGCUGAUUAUCACGAAAGACGAAUAAAAUAUGGAUUAGCGGAGGGUUGUGCGGAGCUAGCAACUCUCCUACCAUUCCAGGCGAAUGGCGACUUACUCAAUAUGAUCUCUUUCGACAAAGGUUGCUAUAUUGGACAAGAGUUGACCGCGCGAACAGCACAUACAGGAGUCAUUCGAAGACGUAUUCUGCCUUUCGAGUGCGAGAAACCGGUUAAAGCAAAAGCAGUUGUGAUGCAAGAUGACAAACGAGUUGGUGAAGUAGUUGCAUGCGGUAAUGCUCACGGAUUGGCUCUUAUGUCUUUGAGUGCAUUUGGUCAGCCGCUAAAUGUUGAUGGGAUUCCUAUCAAAACCUAUAAACCGUCUUGGAUGCCUGAAUCAGCUCUCAAGCCCAAGGAGAGUUAUAAUAUUCAUCGUAAGAAAGCCAUGUGCACAUCCAAACGUACGGAAAUACCGGAAAAACUAUUAGUGAUCGAGUGGAUUUGCCAUGCUUCGAAAUCUAUAGAGAGACGUUCAGUUAUUCUGAUUGAACAUUUUAGAUCCUCUCCGAUGUCUACGAAACACCUCCGUCGUUUGUUAGAAGAAAAAGAACACGAAGGAUCAAGCGAAAAGUCUGAAGAACGCUCUCCUUCGCCAAGAGCUGAGCCUGUUAAUCGAUUUGCAGCUUUUGUAGAUGAAGACGAUGCCGCUGAGCAAUCAGAUGGCAGUGAUGACGAAGGACAUGAUAAACAGUCCAUUCCGCCACAGUCCAACAAGCAAAACGCAAAAAACAGUCUUGCGUCGGACGUGAGAAAUGAUAAGAAAACGAAAAGAAAGAAAAAGAAGAAGCGGAAUAAGCAUGAUUCGGAGGGGCUAGAUGACGAUCAGCUCUUGGAACAACUGGCUUCUGAGAAUCAAGCGGCUGCAUCAUCAACAGUGGAAAAUGAUGAACCAUUGGGAGUAGAACAAGUGUUGAAGCCCGAUCCACGCUUAUAUGAUGCUGCAGCCGAGUUGAAGAGAGCGAUUGGCAAGGCCUUCAAGGAUUCUGCACCAUCCGUAUCCAAUCGCUCUCAUCGUUCAUUCCAUGGAGCGGGAAAGAUUGUGAAGCAGAAGUAUGGCUGGCCUCCAGUGAGAAAUAUCGGUCUUUCGAUGGAAUUCGAUAGAGAGGAGGGCGAUAUCAAAUGGUUCAAGUUCGUCCACAAUUCUCAUUACGAAGGACUAGAGCGGCUAUGCUGGGUUUCUGAGGAUUCCUUUGAUCACGAACUGAUACAAGAGAUUAUAGCAGACAAUCCAUAUCAUUUGAAUUCUCUGUUGUUGUUAGCUAACGUAUUUCGAAUGCAGGAAGAUAUCACUGCGUCAUGCGACUUUAUUGAACGCGGUAUAUUCUUCUGUGAACAGUCAAUGGCUAGCACCUUCCAACCAAGCUCUUUUUACCACCGCAUAGACUACCUGGAUUAUGAAAAUCGAGCCUUCUACCUUCUUUUGCACCGGCAUAUGCUCAAUUGUGUCCACAAAAGAUGCUUCGAAACUGCGCUGAAUUAUGCGAAGCUGAUAUUGACUAUGGAUCCACAAAGAGAUCCUCUAGCCAUACUGUUGCUCAUCGAUACUAUCGCUAUCAAAGCCAAGCAGUAUAAAUGGUUAAAAGACUUCUACCGUUGUUGCAAGGAAUGGAAAAAUCUGGAUAUGUUGCCGAAUUUCUGCUAUUCUAUGGCAUUGGCGCAGUUCCUUGAUUCAAAAACGGAUGAGGACUUCAUUGUCGCUGAUGAAAUGCUAACACAUGCCAUAUGUGCUUUCCCCGGCGUCAUCAGCUUUCUGUUAGACAAAAUGCAAGUUGAAGCGGAUUCUACCGUUGAAAUGCAUCGACAUAUGGGAACUAUUGGUGCAAAUAAGGAGAAUGAUGGUUUGAAGCUUGUAUUCAAAAUGUACGUUAACGGAGCUGCUGAGUUAUGGAAAGCUCCAGAAACUUUGUCAUGGCUGGAGACCGUUACUAGAGACUGUGCUCAGAAUAAGGAGUGUCAGGAGGAAAUGGAUAAAUGGAAGGAGAAGAGGCAACGCGUCUUUGUUGGUGCACCACCGAAUGUGCGUCGGCUAGCAGUGCUGCUCGGUUUGGAGAGUUCGUCUUCGAGCGUAACUGAUCCUGUCCCACCCGCAAAUGGGCGCGCGAGGUAUACGCGACAACCGGUAAAUGUACAAAGACCAGACAAUUUCUUCUCUGGAUUUCUGCACUCGAUUUUGCCAGAUUUUGACAGCGAGGAGCACCUUCUCGAUGUUAUACAACGUAUGGGCAACCAGCUGCAGCGGGUUGUUUUCCCCUCAGCUGCACCUACUAACAACAACAAUAAUAAUGAGCAGCAACCACCUCCGCAAGGUGACCAACCCCAGCCCUAAGCUCUGUCGAAACUGUGAUAUCUGUCUGUAUAGUUCUUUUCUGUCAUUGGUUUUGGGUAAUUCGUAUAGCUCUAUGGUUGUAAGAAAAUUUAUUCGAAGAAAUAAACACACAGAACAUUCAAAGGCACAUUACAAUUGAUAACAGUGUAAAAAAUUACUAGUAUAAAUGCACAACCCG